ACGACACCACGUGGCCUGACCCUCUCCUACCCCGCGAGGGAGGGAGAAGCGAAGAAGCCAUAUUUGCUCGCUCCGCCCAAACCCGCUUUUCUUUUCUCCUCCGCCUCUCGCGAUCUCGUAAUGCUACUCCCCUCCCCCUUUUCUUUCCCCCGAAGCUUUCCUCUCCCUUCGAGCUCUGACCCCUAACCACUUCCAUUUUCCUUCGAUCCAACAAACCCUAGCGGAGAAUCGUCGUUCCCCCAGCAGGAGAUGGCCUUCAUGGCGGUGCUCGAGUCCGAUCUGCGGGCCCUUUCCGCCGAAGCCCGCCGCAGGUACCCGGCGGUGAAAGACGCUGCGGAGCACGCGAUCUUGAAGCUACGUUCGCUGUCAAGUUCGAAUGACAUUUCUCAUAAUGGGGACAUAUUGAGGAUAUUUCUCAUGGCAUGCGAUGUUAAAUCGGUAAAACUGAGUGCCAUUGGACUAUCAUGUUUGCAAAAGCUCAUAUCACAUGAUGCGGUUGCACCAUCAGCUCUGGGAGAAAUACUAUCCACUUUGAAAGAUCAUGCUGAAAUGGCAGAUGAGAGCAUUCAACUCAAGACCUUACAAACUAUGCUAAUUAUAUUCCAGUCACAUCUACUUCCUGAAGAUGAGGACAACAUGGCUCGAGCUCUUGGCAUAUGUCUCCGGCUUCUCGAAAGUAAUCGGUCUCAUGAUAGUGUACACAAUACUGCAGCAGCUACUUUCAGGCAGGCAGUUGCUUUAAUUUUUGAUAAUGUUGUUUCUGCUGAAUCACUCCCCUCUGGCAAAACUAGUUCUGGAUGUCAUCUCUCUCGAAGUAGCUCUGUCACUGAUGAUGUCAGCCGCAGUUUCAGUCACUCAGUAUCAAUGGAGGUUUCUGAAGGGCCAACAUUGCGGGAAGGUCUAACUAAAGAAGGAAAACUGGGGCUUCGUCUGCUUAGAGAUCUGACAGCACUUGCUGCAGGUGGCUCUUCUAUUUGGUUGCGAGUUCAUUUGCUUCAACGGACAUUUGCUCUUGAUAUACUUGAGUUCAUUCUGUCCAACUAUGUUGCUGUCUUCCGAACCUUGGUUUCUUAUGAACAGGUCCUACGCCACCAAAUAUGUUCACUUCUUAUGACUUCACUUCGGACUAAUGUUGAGUUUGAAGGUGAAGCUGGGGAACCUACUUUCCGCCGUUUGGUCCUGCGUUCAGUUGCCCAUGUUAUUAGGCUCUACAGCUUAUCUCUUGUUACUGAAAGUGAGGUUUUUCUCAACAUGUUGGUAAAAGUUACCUGUCUUGAUUUGCCACUAUGGCAUCAAAUACUUGUUCUUGAAGUUUUAAGGGGCUUUUGUGUUGAAGUGCGGACAUUGCGUUUACUUUUUCAGAAUUUCGAUAUGGAUCCAAAAAAUACUAAUGUUGUAGAGAAUAUGGUUAAAGCACUUGCUCGUGUUGUUUCGACUAUUCAGCUGGUUCCAGAUUCAAGUGAAGAGAGUCUUGCAGCAGUUGCAGGAAUGUUUAGCAGUAAAGCUAAAGGAAUUGAAUGGAGCAUGGAUAAUGAUGCAUCAAAUGCUGCUGUUGUGGUUGCAAGUGAAGCCCAUGCUAUCACAUUGGCAGUUGAGGGUCUUCUGGGUGUUGUGUUUACUGUUGCUGCUUUGACUGAUGAAGCUGUGGAUGUUGGUGAGCUUGAGUCCCCCAGAUUUGAUUCUGAUCCACCAGCAGAAUGCACUGGGAAAACAGCCCUUCUCUGCAUAUCUAUUGUUAACUCAACGUGGUUGACCAUCCUUGAUGCUUUAUCUCUUAUCUUAACAAGGUCACAAGGGGAAGCAAUAAUAUUGGAAAUAUUGAAAGGAUAUCAAGCAUUUACUCAGGCCUGUGGAGUUCUUCGUGCUGUAGAACCACUGAACUCAUUUCUGGCUUCUCUAUGCAAAUUUACAAUCAACAUUCCAAAUGAAUGGGAGAAGAGGAGUGCUUUACUAUCUCCUGGGAAGAAGCCAGAACAGUUACCUGAUCAGCACGAUAAUGUUGUAUUGACCCCAAAGAAUGUGCAGGUAGCAUGGACACUCUUCAAUGUGGCACACCGCUUACACAAUGUUCUGGGACCUUCUUGGGUGUUGGUCUUGGAGACCUUAGCAGCUCUUGAUCGAGCCAUCCAUUCUCCACAUGCUUCUACACAGGAAGUUUCAACUUCUGUUUCAAGGUUGUCAAGAGAUACAUCUGGGCAGUAUAGUGACUUUCACAUCUUAUCUUCUUUAGAUUCUCAGUUGUUCGAAAGUUCUUCAAUGAUGCAGAUUUCUGCUGUAAAGUCACUUCUAUCUGCACUAUAUCAGUUGUCAAGUCAAUACAUAUCUGGAAAUUCCCAACAUCAAGUCAGCAAAAUGACCGUUGCAUUUUCGGUGAAGCGUAUGAUGUCCAUACUUGUGAAUAAUCUGCCACAGAGUGAGCCCAUAUGGGAUCAGGUCAUUGAUCAUCUUCAGCAGCUUGCUGAUAGUUCCAACGCACAAUUAAGAAAUUUGGCUCUUGAUGCAUUAGAUCAGUCAAUUUGUGCAGUCUUGGGUUCUGAUCGGUUUCAGGUGGCAGCAGAUGGUGAAAUGGGUUAUUUGGAAUGUGCCGUUUUAAAUCCAUUGGUGGUUUUAUAUUCUAAUCAAAGCAUUGAUGUCCGCACAGGAUCCCUGAAAAUUCUGUUGCAUGUCUUAGAGUAAUGUUAGCAUGGAGAGAAGUUGAACUAUAGCUCUAACAUUCUUCGGAUGCUGAGGGCUGUUGCUGAUGCAGCAGAGAAGGAUCUUAUCCCAUUAGGGUUUCAGAGCAUACGCAUCAUCAUGAAUGAUGGAUUAUCAACCAUAACCCGUGCAGUCUUCCAUAUAUGUAUAGAGGUCACUGGUGCAUACAGUGCUCAAAAAACAGAGAUAAACAUAAGUUUGACAGCAAUUGGCCUCCUCUGGACCGCGAUUGAUUUUAUCACCAAAGGAUUACAUCAUAGGCCAAUCCAGGAAACUGACAAGGUUACAGAAAAUGAAACCACUAUAAAGCAGACCAUUACCCAUGAAGCAUUUGAAGAUGAACAGAUUCUUCAAGCCACUAAAGAAGUUAGCAACCAUGCUCACUUGGAAAAUGUGGUUGAUUAUAAUAAAUUGCUUUUGUCAGUUUUCUCUAUACUUCAAAAACUUGGAGCAGAUGAGCGGCCUGAGGUAAGGAACUCAGCAAUUCGGACUCUUUUCCAAACUUUGGGCAGUCAUGGGCAGAAAAUCUCCAGAAGCAUGUGGGAGGAUUGUCUUUGGAACUAUGUAUUCCCCAUUCUUGAUCGUGUUUCUCACUUGGCAGCUACUUCAUCCAGAGAUGAAUGGCAAGGAAAAGAGCUAGGAAUUCGAGGAGGAAAAGCUGUCCAUAUGCUCAUACAUCACAGCCGAAACACUGCCCAGAAACAAUGGGAUGAAACACUUGUACUGGUGCUUGGGGGAAUUGCUCGCCUGUUGCGCUCUUUUUUACCUUUUCUUCAGAGUCUAAGUAACUUCUCUGUCGGCUGGGAACUUUUGCUAGAUUUUGUUAAAAAUAGCAUACUGAAUGGUAGUAAAGAAGUUGCUCUUGCUGCAAUAAGCUGUUUACAGACAGUCGUCAGUUAUCAUUGUCCAAAGGGAAAUCUAGCUGUGGCUUAUGUCAAAUCUAUGCUUGAUGUUUAUGAGCUUGUACUUCAAAGGUCCCCAAACUAUAAGAGUGCUGCAGCAGACAAGGUGAAGCAGGAGAUCCUGCAUGGUCUUGGAGAUUUGUAUAUCCAAGCACAAUCAAUGUUUGAUAUUGACAUGUAUUUACGGUUGCUUGGGGUUGUGCAAUCGGCUAUUAGAAACUCUAGGAGUACUGGUGAUAUGGAAAGUGAAAUUGGAAAUGUUCCACCAGUGCAGCGUACAGUUUUGGAGAUACUUCCUUUGUUGCGACCUACCGAGCUUCUACCUUCAAUGUGGUCCAGGUUUAUCCAGGAACUCCUCUGCUAUCUUAUUGGAUGUGAAGCAACUAUCGAUGGAAAGAAAGAUGAGAUGGGACUAAGUGGUGGUGGAAAGCAUGGUCCAGAUGUUGUACAGAUGGAAUCUCAAGUUGCUCUGGGUUCUGUUUCAGAAAACAAUGUUGAGGAUUCCUCUGGAACCCAGGAAGAAAGCCAUUUGAAAUGGAAGCAUGAUGUUCCUAAUGGUUCUGCUUCUCUUCAUUCUGGUAUUGCCACUUUGGAUGAUACGAUAGUGUACAGCUGGAGUCAUUUAUUUCAAGAAAAACUUGUCCCAAUCAUCGUAGAGCUUUAUCUAGAGGCUCCACCAACUGAAAAAUGCACUGUAUCUGCUGAUGUUAUUCGAGGACUUGGAAGGUGCAUGAGUACUAGAAGAGAUAACCCAAAGGGUUCACUUUGGAGAGUUGCAGUUGAGGGCUUCAACCGUGUACUUAUUGAUGAUGCAAGCAGAGGAAUUAAGGAUUAUAAAAAAGACCCAAAUACCUAUCGACCUAUAAGAAUACGUCUCUGGAAAGAGGUAGCAGAUGUAUAUGAAAUAUUUCUUGUUGGCUCUUGUGGGCGUGCUCUAUCUUCUGAUGCUCCUUCAGCUGAAGUGCUCAAGACUGAUGAGUUAAUUGAGUUGACUGUUCUGAGUGUUCUGGGUGACAAGGUUCUUAAAGGCAAAAUAGAUGCUCCUCUUGAGAUUUUACAACGGUUAGUUACAACUCUUGAUCGUUGCGCAUCCCGUACAGGUUGUUUACCUCUAGAGAGUGCUGGCCUUAUGCCUUCGCACUGCAGCAGAUUCUCAUUAAGCUGCUUACAGAUGAUUUUUUCUUUAUGCAGUUUUACUUCUGAAGACAGUUGGCAUCCAAUGAGAUCAGAAGUUAGCAAAGUCUCAAUUGAUAUUCUUAUGAGGAGAUGUGAAAUUGUACUAAAUCAGUUUUUGGAUGAUGAAAAUCACCUAGGUGAACAUCCACUGCCAAGUGUGAGAAUUGAAGAGAUGGUUUGUGUCCUUCAAGAGCUUGCUCGGUUGGUUAUUCAUUCCGGUACAGCAUCUGUUCUUCAUUUACCAUCACACCUGAAAGAAGCUCUAGAAAAGAAUGAGAACUUUGGGCGUGCCCAUCUAUUGGUUUUGUUCCCAGCAUUCUGUGAGCUUGUUAUGUCAAGUGAAGCAAGAGUAAGGGAGCUUGUGCGCGUGCUGCUAAGACUCAUUGCUGUGGAGUUGGGACUGCAGCAUGUAACAUGAGAAUUGAUCAACAGAAUUGAGCUUGUGCACGUCCUGCCGGAGGCUCGUUGCCGUGGAGUAGGGACUGACAUAUAACAUGAGAAUUGAUUAACAGAAUUUCUUUGGUUGGAUACUCUGUACGCAUACCCAAAUUAAUGACGUGAAAUCUCAUGUAAUGUAUCAACUCCACACCCCCCUACCCCCGCGCGCGCGCGCGCAUUCUGAUCCAUUGUAAUUUUACUCGGAAUGUUCUGCUUGCUUUUUAUAGAAUGCAGUCAGCGUUGUAUCAUUUCAAACAUAUCAUGUUUCUUUCUUUUUUCCUGUUUGUUCUUUAUUCAUAAUAAUUGUUUCUUUA